AAACACGAAUUUCACGCAGACAAAUUGAGAGAAAGCCCGUGGCAGAAUAUUCUAUGAAGCUUUCAUUAAUAACAUAUUGAACAUCAAUGAAGUUGUAUAAAAAUUAAAGGAUCGUUGAUGGCGUAACUUAGAAAAAUGACAGAACAUACAAAACAUUAUUCCCUGAUUGAUGCCGGUCUCAGUAACAUUUGGUCCCAGCACCUGCCCGGUGAUCUGGAGUCUCUGAGCUUGCAUGGCAACUGCAUCAAGCACAUCAGCAACCUCUCCCACUUGCUGCAUCUGGUGCAUUUAGAUCUCUCUGCUAACCAGAUAUCAGUCAUUGAUGGAUUAGAAAAGCUGACAGCAUUGAAGACAUUGAAUUUAUCAUGCAAUCUUAUUACUGUUGUCACUGGUCUUUCUGGUCUCAGGUCUCUUGAAAGUCUGAACCUCAGCUAUAACCAGGUUGAAAAUCUAACAGGCCUUCAAUGUUUCUCAGAGCGGUCAUACCAUCUGAGUUACCUUUCAGUUCAUGGGAACAAGUUAAGGGAUGUAAAACAUGUGAUUAAGUCACUGAAAGACAUUCAAAGCUUGCACCAUUUAGUUUUACGACAAGAAGGUUCUGCCAAUCCACUGUGCUUUCAACAAGGUUAUGAAAAAGAGAUAUGGUCCAAUAUGCCUCAGCUUAAAACAUUAAAUAAUUUUGACAAGGCUGGAAAUUAUAAAAGGAACCUCGACUCAGUCUCUAAUGUGCUAGGUUUGGAAUCUUUUCUGGAUUUCCUCUUGUUAAGUGACAAAGAGCAAGAAUCACAGCCCCAGCAGGCAGAGUCCCCAGUACUUAUCACCCCCAAGAUUGAUGCUGUUAUAGAACAGUUUAAGCAAAGGUACAAUCAGGAGACCAGCUCAUCACCUGACCAUUCCAGCUCAUCUCAUCUGUUUUCAGCUCAGAAUUACAGCCCAAAAAAAGUCAAAAGUAAAAAGAUGUUACCUAAGAAAGAUUUAAACAAUUCACACAGUAGAAAACUUUCUAGUGAAAGAAAUAAAAAAAAAGCAGCAUCUGAAUCAACAGAAUAUGAUGAUGAGAGUGCCACCAUUAGUAGUCAACCAGAAACACAAAGUGAACAUCGUAAGAAGCCAGUUAUAUCAUACAGCCAACCAGAGAAACACGAGCGUCCAGCCCGGGCAGGGGGAGGUAAAACAUCUCACGUGACCAGACCAGCCCAGGCAGGUCAACAAGAGGACGAGUUCCUUAAGAACCUCGUGAGAACGCUGGAAGCAGAGCGCGAGAGACGAUGGAAGGCUGAAGAAGCCACCAGAAGACUCCUGGAGACGCUGAAAGCAGUAAAGGCCCAGGGCAGGGAGACGGAGACGAUGAAGAGCUCAGCUCUGGAGGCCACAGUCGAGUUGAAGAAAGCUGUGAUCAACGAGCACGAGACAAACCUGGCGCUGCAGGCUGAGAUCGCUCAGCUCAGGACCAAGACUGCCGAACUGAAGCAGAAACUUCUCGAUGCCGAGAACAGAGAGUUAAGAUGCCAGGAAACUUUGAAGGAGGCAGAAAAAAGUCUGGCCAGAAAAGAAGCUGAAGAUAUGACCGAGCGCGUUCAUCAGAAUAAAAAGCUCCAAGAGGCCCAGCACCGAGCGUCCAGCAUGACGCGGGAGGUGGAGCUGUUGAAGCACUCACUCGACUCCACCAAGAGUCAGCUCCACCAGCUGCAGGAGACGCUGGCACUGAGGGAAAACCAGCACAAGGAGGAGCUUAAGGACCGCUUUGCUUUAAAUAGUCCGGAGCUCCAGCAGAUGCUGAAGGUCAAAGUUCAGGAGGUCGAGAGGUCAUUUCAGGCUGAGCUGGUCAAGCAGCAGGAGAAGGUGGAGGUGUUGGGGCGCCAGUACACCCAGCUGGAGGACGAGUUCCGGUACGCCCUUCAGAUGGAGGAGACGAGGUUUAGAGAGAUCAAGAGCACGAACGAAGCCCUGUCCCACGAGACGACAGACCUCAAGCAGCUGCUGCUGGCUGCCCAGCGUAAGGAUGAGAGCUCUACCUCUAUGAUCACUGAGCUGACGGCGCUUGUGAAGGAACAGAAGGGAAGAUUGGCUGAGCUGGCCAAAUGUAAACAAGAACAGACCAUCUCGUAUAAGGAGAGGAUUGAAAGUCUUGAAGACGAGCUCGGGGCCGCCAGGAAACAGCUGACACAGUUGGAGCUACUCCGCCAGAAAACCUCAAAGCUCCAGUCAACGAUACAAGCACAGGAAUCUGUUAUAGAGGGCCUGAAAGCUGAGCGGAAGUUGUGGGGUCAGGAACUCGCCCACCAAGGGGCCAGUCUAGCACAAGACCGUGGGAGACUGGAGGUUAAAAUAGAAACGUUAGCAUCGGAGGUUUCAGCCCUAAAGAAACAGCUGGAGCGAGAAGUUGACACUGUGAAAAUCAAAACAAAGAUGGUGGACGAUCAAACGGAAACAAUCAGAAAACUGAAAGAGGCUCUGGUAGAGAGAGAUGAAACCAUCCGGGCAACACGAGAAGAAAACCUGGCCAUACAGAGGACGUCAGAGGAGCAGCAGACGGAGCUAAGGGGGAGUCUGGAGGAGACCAGGGAGCUGCUAGACCGAGCCACUGGUCGCAAGCAGGAACUCAAGGAACAGGUCAACAGUCUACAGCAGGAGCUGGACGACACCAAGAAAACCUACAGUUCAUUGAGUGCCCGCUGGAAGGACAAGUCGGAGCUGAUUGGCCGCCUGGAGCAGCAAGUUCGCAAGAUGAAAGACGGCUGGGCCCUCAAGGAAGUUCAGCUCUCUCAAGACCGGGACGCCGCGCUACAGCAUGCCAAAGAACUCAAUGAAAAACUCAAACACGCCGACGACGUUUUCAGGCAACAAAUUGAUCUCAAGGAGGCAACGUUUCAGGAAAAGAUAACUCGCAUGGAAUUGGAAAAACAAAAAGAAUUAGAUCUGGCUAAUGAAAAGGUACUGCUGGUGGAAGAAGAAAUGCGCCAGAUGCUGAGAGAAACAGAGGCAACUAAAAGGGCAAUGGAGAACAAAGUGAAAAAGUUGACCCAAGCUUUAGGCGAUCUACAGACUGACUUGUACAACUGAUAGCAUAGGCUGACCUACAGAUGGACUUGUACAACUGAUAGCAUAGGCUGACCUACAGAAUGACAAAUUAUAGUAAAACACAUCUUAGGAGUUUAGUAUGACCUAUAAACUUACUUGUACAACUGAUAUUU